GUUCAGACACAGUCUCCUCCCCUCCAGGUCCUGAAUCUAUUUCUUGCCCUGCUCCUGAGCUCCUUUAGUGCUGACAGCCUGGCAGCCUCUGAUGAGGAUGGGGAAAUGAACAACCUUCAGAUUGCCAUUGGUCGCAUCUCCUGGGGUAUUGAUUAUGCCAAAGCCUUCUUCCUGGCACUCUUACAUGGUCAGAUCCUGGCUCCUGGGGACAUGAAGAAGGAACCUGAGAAGGUUGAGGAGGGGGAAGGUGGAGAAGAAGAGAAGAAGGAGCAGCCACAGCAGGAACAGGAAGAGCUGAAGAAGGACAAUCACAUCCUGAACCACAUUGGGGUAGUGGAAUGCCCACCAUCUAGUAUUGAACUCGACCACAUGAACUUUAUCAACAACCCAUAUUUGACAGUACAGGUGCCUAUUGCUUCUGAGGAGUCUGAUCUAGAGAUGCCCACAGAAGAGGAGACAGACACAUUUUCUGAGGCUGAAGAGAUCAAGGUAAGUAUCCCAUCCCAUUGUCCUCUGUUCCCAUAACAAAAUCAUGGAAUUUGAGACUAGAAGAAGACCUCAGUAACCAUCUAGUUCAAGUCAAGCACAAAAGAAUUCCCUUUAUA